AUGCAUGAUUCAAAUAUUACUAAAUGUGAUCCAAAUGCAUUAACAUUUGUCGAUAAUUAUCUUAAUGAAAUUGAAUAUCUACAUUCAUUCAAUCGUUAUAAAAGAGAUCUAGCUCAAUAUGGAAGAUGGAAGGCUUCACAAUUACGAACAUUUAUAGUAUAUGUUGCGAUGCCAGUUCUGGUACGAUUACGUCUUGCCAUGCCUCAUACAUUUUCAGAGGUUUAUAUAUCACACUUUCCUUUAAUAUUUAUUUAUAUUCGUGUAUUACGGCACUUUGAUGACCGUGAUGAAAUUUUACAAGUGCCUGUAUUUAUACAUGUAUAUCUACGUUUAUUUUCUUGUCUGUAUGAUAAAUGUAAAGAAUUAUAUUCAGUUCAUGCAUUAUGCAAUCUACGGCAGCAUGUAUUGGAUCAUGGUGGAUUGGCCUAUCACAGAUUAAUUUUUAUAUUCAAAAAUUGUUCAUUUCUUAUUAAGAUGGCACGUUACACUACUUCUAUCACACCUGGACGAACUCGAAAAUUACCAGUUGGUGCUUUAAAUAUUCAAACACCGUUUAUCGAUGAUAUGGAUGAGUUUUCAGCUGAUGAAAAUGAAAUUGAUGACAAUUAUCCAAUUAUUCGAAAUAUACCAUUUCAUAGUCAACAACAAUGUGAAUCUUCUGUUCAACGUUCAUAUCAUAAUAAGAAUACUAAUGCUUAUUAUACAUCUCAAGUCAAACGAAAACGUUUACAAGUACAAGUUGAUGAUGAACUACAAGGUUCAUUAAUGGAAAAUUUCAAAAUCAUUCAAAAUAUGUUCAAAGACCUUAGCCAAAAAGUUGAUAUAUUAACAGAACGAGGAAGUACAUUUGAAAAAAAAAUUGGACAAUGUUGA